AGUCGAAACUCGCGCCGGACGAGUCUGCGGAAUCCGGGUGCACGAGUGGAACGCGGUUUUAGAUUGUCGUGGCUCUUUAAUUCAAUUGACGAUUUCGAGCUGCGAUCUCCUUCGUGCGGCUGGUGUGUGUUGUUUCACUUUCAACCGAGUGUGUCACCUGUGCGAGCCCAUGAAUACCCAAGGAUGAGCUGGACAAACGAAAGUUAGUUGCGAUCGCGUGAAAAGGGAAACCGGACAGUCGGUUUUUUGAGUACGGAUACAAAGUCUACAUGUGGAACAUCGACAACAGCAUCGGCCAGUAAUUUAAAUGCUCCGCGGCGGCAAUUGAAGAGCCAACAAUUAACCACGACCACUGCAGCUGGGAGGCAUAGUGGAAAAUCACUUAUAGACGUACAUACAUACAUAGAGUUAGCUCCUGCAGCAAAAUGAAGAACCGCCAGCGAACGCGCCGAAUAUCGCUAAAUGAAAACCACAACAGAUACAUGGACGGCGGCGGCAUCGAUGUACAAAUAGUUACCAAUACAAAGGAGCCCAAUCAAGUCAAUUUAAAUUCAUCGCCAGCAACGACGACCUCAGCGGAGGCUGCUCUGCUCGCUUUGCUUCCACUUGCUCAGAUAGCGCAGCAGCCACAUACCCAUCUCCACACCCAUCCCCAUCUCCACCAGCAACACCAGCUGAUUGUGCCGCCCACAACGAUGACGGGCAAGUAUCAUCCAGCGCACGCCAAGCUGCGAAGAUGCAAAUCGACGCCGAGUCUCAAUUGCGAUGGCAUGGCGGAGCCCAUGGAGGAGGACCAGCUCCAUCGCAUUGCACCAUGCUCACGUAACACCGCCGCGGAGGUUCAGCAACAUGCACAGCCAUCGUGCAUCAGCAGCAGCAGCAGCAGCGACGGCAGCUGCAACAGCAACAACUGCAGCAGCAACAAGUGCAGCAGCAACAUCAGCGGUGCGCAGCCAACAACUCCGGAGUCAUUGCGCUUCGGAUGCGCUCACUACAAGCGGCGGGCCAUGUUCGUGACGCCUUGUUGCAACAAGUUCUACAAGUGCCGAUUUUGCCACGACGAGAACGAGACGCAUCACUUCGAUCGCAAAACGCUCACCGAACUAAUAUGCUCCGAGUGCAAUACGCGGCAGACGGUGCGGGAGCAGUGCCUCAAUUGCGGCGUGCGUUUUGGCAAGUACACCUGUCUGAUCUGCAACCUCUUCGAUGAUGCGGACAAGCAGCAGUACCACUGUCACGGAUGUGGGAUUUGUCGCAUUGGAGGUGCGGAGAACUUCUUCCACUGCGAGGUGUGCAACAUGUGCCUACCUAUUCAACUGAAGAUCGAUGGCCACCGGUGCGUGGAGAACAUCUCGCGAUCGCACUGCCCCGUGUGCCUGGGCGACAUCCACACCUCGCGCAUACCCUGCCACAUUCCCGACUGCGGACACCUGCUGCACAGGAUGUGCUUCGACCAGCUGCUGGCCUCCGGCCACUACACCUGUCCCACCUGCCAGACCUCGCUGAUUGACAUGACGGCGCUGUGGGUGUACUUGGACGACCAGGCGGAGCGCAUGCCGUUGCCACUGAAGUACGAGAAUCAGCUAGUACACAUUUUCUGCAACGAUUGUCACAAGACUUCAAAAACCAAAUUCCACUUCAUCGGACUCAAGUGUGUCCAUUGCGGCGCCUACAACACAACGCAGGAUGUUAAGCGCCGCCUGUCCCUGGUCACAGAUGAGCCAUCUUCGGCGUGAUAUCCAACUGAUUUAAACCACAUCAGCAUCCAUAUUCGCAUCAGCAACAGGAAACCUCUUGCCAUGCUAUCCACACAUCUGAGGACACUGAUUUGUUAGCUCAAGACAACACAACAACUGAAAUCGAAACGCAUUGAAUUUAAAUCAAAUUCGAGCUGGUAUCGAAUAUUAAACCAUACAAACACAAACAAAAGGCUCCCUUAAUGAUUUAAACGUUGCCUGAACCCCUUUCGAUUUACAAAUAUCAAUUAGGUUUAAUGCAAAUAGUUAGUUUCAAUCGUAAUAGGCAUUUAAAAACAUUUUACCCUAAUUGAGUUUUUAAAUCUAUAGAUUUUUUUUAUACACAACAUACAUUGGUAAAUUCAAAUUUUCACUCGAAUUUCAAGUAU